UUGCCGUUGACGCGUUUGGCUAAUAAUAAUAACAAAUAUGACGCCAGAGCGAGUCAGUUGACUGAAGAAAAAAAGUUAUAAAACGUGAUAAAACGACGAUAAAAAGAAAAUAAUGCCAGAGGCUUCAAUCAAUGUCAGACGCGGCAAAUGAAUAAAAAAGUGUAGUCCAUUAAAAGCAGGAAAAAAUCUAUAAAAAAAAAAAAAAAAAACGAGAAGAGACAAAGUGCAUUUGUCUGUGAGUCCACGCGACGAAUUCAACAAGCGCCCGUGAGCUUCCAAUUCAAUUACGCGCAACAAACAAAAGAAGAAGUCGGUGAUAAGAUAAGCGAAGAGAGAAGAAACCAGCGAAAGGCGCUGCAACUGGGGCAAGUGCAGCGGAGGCGCCACAAACAAGCUGGCAAACACGCAAACAGAGGCGAAUCGAGAGACGGAAGUCAGCGCAUUAGGCAUUAGCUGUCAGAAGGGAUACGUGAGCGUAUUGCAAUCAAAGUCAACGCCAGCUAUUGGCAGAGAAGACCGCCCACAAGACCGCCAAUGCAGAUGCUCCAUCUGGAGUCGACUCCAUGGGCAAGUGUGUCUCCCGGCAGUCCACGUGCCCGAGCCCCCGAGCACAACAUCAAUCUGUGCUGACAAUUGCCCUGUCCCACCAAGAUUUGGCCCAGGCCCACAAAAUAUGGCAACAGCUGACAGCGAGUAAUGAAUAUAUAGCCACAACAACAGCCCCAACAGAUGAGCCGACAUUUUAUUACCACAUAAGCCGCAGACAAGAGCACGAGCAGCCGCAGCAGCAGCUGAAGGAGCAGCAGCAGCUGAAGGAGCAGCAGGAGGAUGUUGUAGCACUGAAGACAGCUGCUCUGCUGCACAUUGAGUCUGUCUAUAAUCAUUUGGAUGGCCAUGCGAAUGCGAAUGUUAUUGGCAGUACGCUGACAGGCAACGCGUAUGCCACUUGCCAGGAAUUUUUGCUGCACGAGCUGGCGCAAGCACUCGACGAGCAGCAAGUGAAAAGCAUAACUCCAUUCCCGGCAGAUAACAGCUCGAGUGGCAUCAGCAGCCCAGCAGCCUGGCAGCUGACUGAUAGUGAUAGCGCGCUUGAACAGCCCAUUCAUGAGCCAUAUAAGGGCCAAACGGAGAGCAAGAAGCACGGCGGCAAGGCGAACCGACGCCACAAUGGCAAUGGCAGCACCCAGCUGGAGCUGGGCGAGCAGCAGCAGCAGCAGCCGCACACCAAAGGCACCGCCAUGUCCUUUGGCUUUCGCAAGAAGCUCAAUGGUACGCCCAAAAAGUUCAAGAAACUGCUUGAGGGCAGCGGCGGCAGCGGGGAGGUGCCACAGACAGACACAAAGGACGACAAUGGCAAUGCUGCUGCUCCCGUUCAGUUUGAGAAAGUGGGCGUUGCCGCUCAAAAGACAAAUGCGUCCAAUCGCACAGGUGCGGCUGGCAAACGUUUUGGCUAUCGCGGCGCCGUGCCACGCCCCGCAUCCGCAAGCCUCACAACAACCACAAGCGGCAGCGAAGACACCGACGAAGCGGCCGCAAAUGCCCAGAACAACAACUGCAACAGCAGCAACAACAACGGCAACGGCAACAACACCGGCAACGCGCUGGUGAGCAAUCUGAAACGCCGCUCUAAGAGCGCAAACGCGGGCCGCACAAUUGAUGGGGAGCCGAAAAUAGCUCAGCCAAAGACGCUGACGUUCAAUCUGAACCAGAACACAACCAUCGAGUAUCAGCGACGGCAGUUCUUUGGCGAGAUUCCGGAUGAGGGCAACGCAACGGGCGCAUCACGGCCGCGCUACAACUACAACAAUCUGGCAAACAUGCAUGCAAAUGUCAUAGUGCGUCCCACGCCCGCUAGUUUUGCCAAGUUCACGCUGCAAACGGUCAGCCUGCCGCGUCCGGAGUAUCCGGUGGCCAUUAGCCUGAGUGCGACAACGCCGACCACGCCCAGCAGCAGCGUACAGUCGCCCGUGCCCGCGCAUGCGACGGGCGCACGAGCCAAGGAGGUGGCCAGCACUUCGCGGCAACAUCCGUUGACAUCGAUACACGUACAGCCCACCCGGCAGCUGGAUCAGAAGAGUGUCAAGCAGUUGACCAACAAUACGACGCGUCGCGGCUUCUCGGGCAGCCGCGAGAUAAGCGCCGAUUCGGGCAUAGCCAGCAUGGAUAUGGCCGUGGACUCGGGCAGCAGCUCCGGUGGCAGUGCAUCCAGCUCCAAGCGCAGUCGCAGCCGCCCACGUAAUCUGCAGAUGGUGAUGAGCGGUCGGCACACUUUCGAAGUGCGCGACGCAGACGAUCCACCGUCGAGUGAAUCCAAUUCCUUUGUGGAGCCCUUAGCGCUGCCCAAGCUGCCCACGGAUAACAGUCAGGCAACGCCGCUGCCGCUGGUCGGACUCGUUCGAUCCAAUACAGUGCUCAGCCGCGAGAGCUAUGAGCGACGACAGGCGACAGCUGGACCGAAUCAGGACGCGACUCCAGAGACGCCGCCCAAGCCCAAAGCCAGCAGCUCUGAUGAUAGCGAGAGCGUGGACGAGGAGAAACUCUAUUUGGACUCGUCCACCUCCGAGAAGAGUGCCAAACAGCUGAGCCACAGCCAAUCGUCCUCCAUGUCCUGGCGCUGCCAGGCUGGUGAGUCUCUGGCGGCCAAGGAUUGCAGCAGCAUGAGCAUCACCAGCAGCGACACACAAACGCCCAUCAAAUUGGAGGACAAGGAGGAGGACAUGUCCCUGGGUCUGGAUGACAUGAGUCUUAUCAAUACGGAGAUGCAGUUCAGCACACUUUCUUCAAUGACGGAACUGGCACCCCAGCCCGGCGUCAGCACCGCUGGCCCAGAACACUUGCUCAACAUGCACAUUGUGGACAAUCGUGAGGCGGUUGUGAUGCGCCUGACCAGCGAGCGUCCACGCUCCUUUAACAAUGCGCUCAAUGAAUCCAAGUUUGCAGAGCUGGCACUGGCCAGCAGCAGCUGCCUGCUGCUGGACGACGAGACCUCGCCCACAGACAGCUUGGUCAGCAGCACCGAGGAGUCGGAGGAGGCGGCGGGCAAGCUCAAGAAGCACAAGCUCAAUGCGGAGCUGCAGCAGAAGGACAAUGACGUGGACAUUGAUGAUAUUUCGCCAGUGCUGGAGCUGGAGCUCGAUCCGGCCAGUCACAGUCCCGUCUCGCCGGGCACACCCACGCACGCCUCCCACUCCCUCUCGCUCGGCUCCGAUUGCGGUAAUCUGAUCGAUGACGAGAUUGCCGAUCAGCCGGCGCUGCUGUGCAACAGUGAGGCACCAGAGCUGGCCACCGAUACGCCCACAUUGAUGGAGACACAUACCACCGGAUCGCUGCGCUCGCUCAAGAGCCAGUCCAAGGCACGUACGGCUCUGCAGCAGGCCAUAGAGCUCAGCCUGAGGACGCCGGCCGCGGUGCGCCGGGCGGUGCUUGAGAGCGCCGAAUCACUGGACACACUGUCACCCUGCGAUUCCAUCUGCUCCGACGAUCUGAUGAUGGACUUUGAUAUGAACAGCAGCGUCGACUCCAUAGAUCGCUCCGCCUUGAUGCGCAGUCGCAGCGGCUCCGAUCUGCACAAGCUGAGCGCUGACCUCGAAGCCGAUCAGGCCGAGACCGAGGCGGAGCUGCUCGCCCAGCUGGAGUGCAAGGGCAGCGAUGUCAUGAAGGAGCUCAACAGCCUGCUGCGAUCCCGCAUGCGACGCAGCGCACCCAGUCCCCGGGAGCGCAUCAGCGCCAAGCUGCCUGCACGUGCAACACGCUUGCUGAAUCGCUCUCGGCUGCAGGAUCAGCAGCAGCUUGCGGCGGGCAACGACUCGGACAACAGCUUGCGGUCCACGCACAGCGGCGCCUCCAGUCGCAAGCGUGCCUCCACCGCCUCGUCCACGUCGAGCCUGCAGCGACGCCAGCAGCAGCAGCACCAGCUAACGGCGACGGCGUCCAGCUCGAGACGCGCAUCUGGCCUGGGCGGCAACGCGGAGCUACAUAGCUCGUCGGACGAUCUGAUGUUAUAUGACAAGUCCUUCAGGAAUGCCAUGAUCCAGGAUGUGCUGCAGUUCAAGAAGCAGCUGCUGCGACUACGUCGCAUUCUACAGGAGACGGAAACGCUGAAUCCCUUCGAGAACGACAAUGUGCAGCUGUUUGCAGCCUGCGGCCUGGACAGCAAGCAGCUAAAUGACAUCGAUCUGGCCAGUUUGACCUCGUCCAUCACGGAGGAUCCCUUGCAGGAGCUAACGGAUCUACGUAGACAGGUGGUUUACCUUCAGGGUCAAGUGGAUGAUCGUGAUCGCACCAUACGCCUGCAGCGAGAUCUCAUCGAGCAGCUGGAGGCGGAGAAGCGACAGGCGGGCAACGAGGCAGGCAUCAAUCAGGCCAACAAGGAGCGCAUUAGCAUGGCCACCCAAACGGAGCGAACACGUCCACUUGCCAUUGGUGCGGAGGGUUUGUCCAGAAGUAAGCCCGAAUAUACCAGUUAUACCACGCACUUUCCGACGCUCCACUUGCAAUGCAACGACUCCACGCUGGCGGCCACCACGAUAAUCCGCCAUCAGCCGCAGCAGUUGCCAUGCAAUGGCCACAGCAGCAAUCACAGCAGUCGCAGCAGCAAUCGCAGUAAUCACAGCAACAACAACAACAGCAACAGCAACAGCAACAACAAUAACAAUUGCCGUGCUCUUAGCCAGACGCGUCGUCACACAAUCAUUUCCACCACGCUGACCAACUACAAUCAGCAGCUGGCCGCCGCCGCGUAUCCGCGUCGCGCCUCCAUCGGUUGGGAUGCGGCCGAGACGAGCGCGACAGCGACCAUGCCCACUUCCACAGCUGCCCACAAGCCAGUGCGUAUAACGCUGAUUGGCGAGCCGUUGCCCACACAAAAUGGCGGCUGCCACAAGACGCCGCCGCCGCAACAAAAUGGCGUCAAGGCGCAUUUCCUGAAUGGCUGCCAGAGCGGGGAGUCGGGCGCACAUUAUCAGCCGUUGUACAACAGCAACAAGAUGACAAGCCCAACCGUAACUAUAGUCUGAUUUGGAUACCCUAACACAACCCAGUUGCAACAGUUGCGCUACCAGAAAAUAUAUAAAGAAAGUGUCAGCAGGCGCUUAGUUAAUAAGCUACAAAUUCUUCUAAAUAUGAGUAUAAUAUAUAUAUAUACCUAUAUAUUAUAUAUAUAUAUAUAUAGAACACUUAAAUAUACCAACAAACUAUAUAUAAACCAUAUAUAUACAUACAUAUAUCUAACAAUAUACUCUCAACAUGUUUGCAGUCUUACCAAAUUCAGUAAAGAAAACUUAAGAUUUCAAUUAACAAAAACAAAAGAAAAUAAAACUAUAAAUUAUAGCUAUAUAGCAUAGAUUCCAGUAUCUAUAAGAAAAUAGCCUGCAUUUUUUUCUCCAUGUACAAUAAAUAAAUAAAUCAAUAAAUAAUCAUUUAAUUAAAUGGCUUAGCUCUGCAACUAGUUAAAUUCAUGUACUUCAACUAAAUAAUUGUUAAUUAUGUUAUUUAAUUUGUAGCCCUAAGUUUUAGUAUGUUCUGUAAUUAUUUUGUUUCGGCUUAAUUUAACUGUAUUAUAGUAUACGAACUUACAUAAUGCUACAAAUAGUUAUAUGCAUAUAUAUUAUGAUAAUAACUAUAUAAUAAUCUUCUUCUUCGUCGAGCACAAUAAUCGUAAUUAUCCCAAAAUACUUAUAUGCUGAAACAAUUGUAAACAAUGUGAAGCUUAUUAAAUAGAGCUCUUAGCCAGAUGCUAUUUAUCUAUAGAA